AUGUCUUGGUUGACCUCCAUUCUACACUUCACAAUCCUUUCCAUUGUUCUGGGAAUGCCUUCCUCUCUACCAGGGAAACAAACAAGGAUUCCUCUUCAACAUUCAAACCUUGGUUUAAGGAAUUCAUCCAGUCUGCAUUCAUCUAGUCUGCAUGGAAGCAAAGACUCUCAGAAUAUGAAGUACUCUCCCUUCAUGAUGCAGCUCUAUCAGGUUCUCACCAUGAGGAACACAACAGAUCUACCCAGACUGGAACACUCCAUCCUUCAAGAUACUGACACUAUUCUAAGCCUCUCUGCCAAAAAUUGCUCUCAACUGACCGAUCACUGGGUGUUAUCUUUUGAUAUGUCUUCUGUCACAAACAACAGUGAAAUACAAUUGGCAGAGUUGAGGAUACAGCCUUCUUCUCCUGAGAGAAUCAAAGAUGUGACCCUUGACAUCUAUAAUAGUAAAGAAGGCAAAGAGAAGAUCUUUUUGGGGUCAAUGAAAGUUGACCUUAGUAGUGAAAGAGGAUCGAGUUUGAAGAUUGUCAAUAUCACUAGAAUGAUGCAAUCCUAUUUCUAUGAAGAAAAACAUUCUAAUAAUCAAAAAGACAUGAAGGCCAAGGGAAUGUCCAAGGAUAAUCAAGAAAACAACUGUACAGAAGUGCCAACGGAAAAAGUUGUGUUGGUGGUUUUUAUCAAGGACACUCCUUCUACUAACCUAAAUGGAUACCCGAACCUCAUCCAGACAGUAGAGUCAUCUAAAUAUGUGAUGACCCCAGCUUCUGGUACUAGGAGAUUUAGGAAAGGUAGAAAUGCAAUGCAUGACAUGAUUAUGGCCAACUUUACCAUCAAACCUAUUGAAGAUGGAAGACCUUUGUGCAGAAGAGUAGACAUGAUUGUGGACUUUGAAAAGAUUGGAUGGGGAGACCAGAUAAUCUAUCCCAAGAACUUUAAUGCAUACAGAUGUGAAGGAGCCUGUCCGAUCCCCCUGAGCACGAUCUUCAAGCCAACCAACCAUGCUUAUGUUAAGAGUUUGGUAAAAUUUUACCAUCCGAACAGAGUUGAUUGCUCCUUAUGUAGCCCAGUAAAGAUGAGCCCAUUAUCUUUGCUUAUGUAUGAAGACGGAAAAUUGGUCUUGAAGCACCAUGAAGAUAUGAUUGUUGAAGAAUGUGGAUGUCAUUGA